UUGGCGCGGGAUUUCUCUCCCUCGUGGCACUGUCUUCCAGGCAGCCAUUUCCUUGGGGCGAAGCUGGAAACAUAGAGGAGAAGCGCAGCCACGAGGUCUCCUCAGAGAGAGAGUGCGUGUGCGAGAGAUUUCCAUAUCUCUUUCUCUUCAAGGGAAUCGUCUCACUCCUCGUCGCCGUUCAUCACCUUCCGACCGACGACCUGUCUUCGUGAUUCCUCUUGUUCUUAGCCCUAAUAUCGUUCCCGUCAGAGAGAGAGAGAGAGAGAGAGAGAGAGAGAGAGAGAGAGAGAGAGAGAGAGAGGGAGUUCUUUAUCCAUUUCGAUGGCGGAGGCAGCCGGUCUCAGGGAAGUGCUUAACCCUUGCUUAUUUCACCUCCAGAAGAUGGAGGUCGAACUAAAAUGCCCGAUCUGCUUGAACUUGCUGAGGCAACCUGUGUCUCUUCCUUGUAGCCAUAUAUUUUGCAGUUCCUGUAUUAUGAAUCCAUCGAAAUCAAGAUCUGAUUGCCCUGUUUGCAAACAACGAUAUUCCUGGCAAGAUGUGCGUUUAUCCCCACAUAUGGAGCAAAUGGGACACAUAUACAGGGGAAUGCGUACUGCAUUUGGUGUAGCUCUUCUUCACUCAAACUCGAGGAAUAAUCAUUCUGAUGUUCUGGCAACUGGCUGUGGAGACAGUGAUCUACUUAAGGAAACUUGCAAUGUAUCACCCAAGUACGAUUCAAGAUACUCUCAACACAUUGAUAAUCAAUUUGUCACAAAGCCUGCAAGUUAUUUAUUCCCAUCCAAGAAAAGGGUUCAGGUGUCUCCAUCUGACAUUGAGACUGGGAUGGGUACAUAUGAUGAGUAUAAGAAAUUACUAAAUUAUGAAGAGAAGAGCAAUGGAGUUGCGAGGCAGAAUUGCAUGAACAUUAUUGAAAGAAACAUUGAACCUGGGCUGCAUGGAGGUAGCUUGAUCGAAGCAGAGGAAGAAAUCACAAAGUUGAACGAGAAAAGCAGAUCCAGUGCUGAUAUUAACUUGCGUCUUCAUUCCAUAGAUUUCCAAGUUAAUGGAAAUUAUUUAAUGGGGAAUGGGAAGGAGAGUGGCAAGCGGCUGGCAGAGAAUGUUGGAAUUGAUAGAGUAUCCAAGAAGCAGAACAGAUCAUAUAUUGAACAUGAAAACUCGGUUAUGAGAAUUGGACAUGAUGGUCCAGUAAAUGAUGCAAGAGAAGCAAUAAUGGAUUUGAACUCUUAUUGCCUUGCUCCUAACAAUGCUGUUUCAUUCAAUGCUUCCCCUCAACUUCAGACAAGUUCAGAUGUCAACGUUGAUAGAGCCGAGAAUGGAACAAAUAGUACAAUUUCAAGUGAUCAGUGCCUGGAAAGUGAACCAGUUGCCACUGAUGCACAUAUGGAAAUUGGUCACUCUGAAGGCAUGUUUCAUGCUUGUGCUGUAUCAAGUCCUGAUGAGGUUCGGUCAGUGCUGAAUAAUGUAAUAUGUGCAUUUUGUCAAUCUUCUGGGGAAUCAGAGGCUUCAGGCCCACUUGUGCAUUACCUGAAAGGCAAAGUGGUAGCUGUGUCACAAAGGAACCAACCCGACAUAGUGCAUGCUCACACAAAGUGUGUUGAGUGGGCACCUAAUGCAUAUUAUGAUGAUGAUGAGAUCAUACAAAAUUUGGAAUCUGAAGUUGCAAGGAGUGUAAAGAUAAAAUGCAGCAAGUGUGGACAAAAGGGGGCAGCUCUUGGCUGCUAUGCGAAGACUUGUCGACGAAGCUACCAUGUUCCAUGUGCAGCAGAUACCCCUAAUUGUCGGUGGGAUGAUGAUGAUUAUUUAAUGUUUUGUCCUGUUCAUUCUUCGCUAAGAUUUCCAAGUGAAAGGAAGUCUGGAAGGCCAACCAGAAUGCCAGUUGAACCUUCAAAUGCCUGUUCUAAAACAAACCAGCAGGACAGCAGAAAAUGGAUGGCCCUCUCUGGCACAUCAGACAGAUGGAUGCUCUGUGGAUCUGCCUUGACCACGGCAGAGAAGGAUAUUGUUACAGAGUUUUCAAGUUUGACUGGUGCAACACUCUCCAAGUCAUGGGACUCAAAUAUUACGCAUGUAAUUGCAUCUGUCGAUGAAAAUGGCUGCUGUAGAAGGACCUUGAAAGUACUGAUGGCGAUAUUGAAUGGGAGAUGGAUAGUGAACAUCAAUUGGAUCAAAGCCUGCAGAGAAGCCAUGCAUCCAGUUAGCGAGGAGCCUUAUGAAGUACAUCACGAUAUUCAUGGAUGUUCUGGAGGUCCAAGAAACGGAAGGCUUAGAGCAGCGGCUAAGGAGCCUCCACUUUUCAGCGGGCUAAAUUUCUUCUUCAUCGGCGAGUUCGAGGCCCCAUACAGGGGUUAUCUACAAGACCUCGUGCUGGCAGCCGGCGGCAGCGUCCUGCGAACUCUGCCUUCUUUGGAAAUCGAAGCUCAGGCAUGCAGCCCACCAUCAAUCAUCCUGGUGUACCAUGUGGCUCGCGGCGACGGAGUCACAUCUCCCGAUGGUGUUUCUGUGAUGGAGCAAGCCAUAGCAGAGGCCACCUCCUUGGCUGCAACAAUCGGCGCAAGAGUCGCCGGCCACGAGUGGCUCUUGGACUCCGUAGCUGCCUGCAGUCUGCAGCCUCUUUCCUCCGCUGGUGCUGCUUACGUUGGAGAUGCAGUCAUCCCCACCUAGUUGCCGUCCAGUGCUUGACGUGUUCCAGCACUCUGGAAACUCGAAGUUCCAAAUUCAGUUCCGAGUUGAGGGUCUAAACUGCCGAUGUCCAUCUCGUAGCGGAAACUCGAAGAAUGCGCUCGCUAACAAAGCCAUGGUCAUUUUGGCAUCUCCAAUCAUACAAAAGCUAGUGGGUGAAAUUUAACCUGAAAGAGUUUCUGUUACAUCACCGAAAGUUAUAUGUGCCUCUGAUUUUUUUUAAUUAAAAUCAACACUUCAAGUUGUAGUGAAAGGAGUCCCCAAGAGAAUUUUGACAU